AUGCCUGAGCAUGAGGAUUCGAUCGCCAGGAAGCCUUUGCAGAGAUUCAAGCGGCUAACUGGGUCUCUAGAGACACUGAUAUCGUCCAUGGCACAAGACUGGGAAGACUUGGCAACCGCUCCAGCAGCUGACGCUGUGGGGCUCCUCCACGACGAUGGCCCUUCAGUGCACGGCAAGAUGAGGAAGGCGCAGCUGCUCUUCACCGAGCUGCACUCCACUACCAGAAAAAUUCACAGCGCUAUCGAAACCAUCAGGAACAAGGUGGCUACCGCGAAGCAGACCAUGGACGUGAACCACCUGCAGCUGGAGAACUUGCUGUACGAGAGGGACUACCUCUCCCGGGAGACGCAACUCUGCAGAGAUUUCACUAUGACAGAGCUGAACAAGAUGGAGGAAGACGAGGAGCAAGGAUUCUUGGAAGAUGUGGACACCCUUCAGACAGCAGAGGAGCACGCAGGCAACCUCGCCAUACUCAAGGAUCAAAAGGAGCAAAGGAUAAACGCCCAGCUGGCCCUAAAGGCGACCCAGAUCAGGGUGAAGGCCGCCAGCUCGACCGUGAAGGAGAGCAGGGACUACCUCGACAGGCUGCCCGAGAACCUGAAGGACGUGGAGAGGGCUCUCGCUCCCCUCAAGAAAAACAUGCCCUGGCGUCCUGGAAGCCGGCGGGGUCGACAUGAGCGCUCAUCUGAGCUCCCAGGACCUCUAUUUACCUUGUACUGUCAACUAGAGGCAUACUGCGACUCCGUGCUAGCUGCAACGGGCGGCAUGGACGAGAGCGGGGCCUUCUCGCCAUUGGCAACCUUUGGGGGAGACGGAGGAGACGUGGGAGGCGACCGACACCCCCCUGGCCUGGCGGCGAGCGUGACUAUCGAGCCAGCCAAGGCCUGCGUGAGCGCGUCUGCGAAGGCAGCGGCCGCGGGACCGAAGGAUGCCUCAGACUCCGCCGAGGCCCCCGCGGCUAGCACCGACUCGACCAGUGGCUCUUCUGAACCCGACAGCAAGCGCCCAAGGUUGGACCGCGAACAAGAGGAUGGCGAAGGCGGAGUGGCAGGAGGUGGUGAGGGAAGGGCAAGGUUGAAGAGGACUAUCUCCAGGAGAGAGGCUGGAAAGGCUACUCUCGAGGCUCUCAGACCUUCCCCGUUGGAGGUGCAACUGACCAUCAACUUCGGCGACAGGAAAAGUGACGCUGGUGCCGCCGCCGCUCCUCCCAAAGCCAGCGGCAGCACAAGCACCGCCGAAACCUUCAAGGUAAGGUUCUCCUUCUUCCCUUCCCUCGGGGUCGUGGCCGUCCGCCCCGCCGCCCACGACGGCGGGGCCCUCCUCGCCAACCUCUUCCCGGCCGACACCGGUAAGGACACCCCCAACCCGGCCAACCACCACAACAAGGCGGCACAGGCGUCCCCUCUCGGUGUCUUCGAGUACCCCGCGGAUGUCCCUUGCCGACCGUACCGAUGGGCGCAGCGGCUCGCCGGCCUGCGCUUCCCGCCCGCGGCGGACGGCGGGGGGGCGGUCGCGGCCACCACGAUGCCGAUAGAGCCGACGACGAGGUCGGCGGUGGCGGCCUUGAGGUCGCGGGCGCGCACGCUUGCGGCCCUGGGCGGUCAGCUGAAGGCGCUCUCCGACGGGAAAGGUCCUUCGCCGCUGCCCGGGAGCCGAGACGAGGUUGUCACCGAGGGUGUCGAGCUGCGAAGCUGGAAGGAGCUGUCGGGCUCGGAGCAACAGCAGGCCUCAACCACUUUCCAAGAAAACCACGCCUCAAAGUCUGGUGGCAGCGAGGAAGCCGAAGCGGCGUGCUGUCGUAGUCUUGAGCUGUGGGAGCGGUUCGGCGCGCGGUAUUUCAAGGGGACUCUCAGCAUCAAGCACGGCCGUGGGAAGGAGAGAAUCGUGCAUGUGCAAGUGGAGGUUCCUGCGGAGUAUCCCCUCCGACCAUCUCUGAUUAGCUUGACGGAGGAUAGUAAGCCGGAUGCUGACGCCGCCGGCGACGCUGCUCUGCGGGAUGAGCUAUGCACGGUGGCCAACGAGGUUAACGCCCACUACGACACGCUACUAACGGAAGACGUCGACCGGUGGGACCACCUACUGUCGCACCAACUCCUCCUCGUCAUGGAGUGCCUAGCUUCGAAGGCCGGCACCUUGGGCAGGUUGAGAAAGGGGCGCAUGAGGCGCAAACCUGUGGUGUUCGAGCACCUGGAGAGGAAGUUUGUGGACAGAGGAUCGUUGCUCACCGCGCGCACGGACACGAGUGUGAUCACCUUAACCCCGAUGGAGAUGUAGUAAAGCCGUAAAUAGUUUAAUGAUGACGGCGGCAGGCAGGCGGGCGAGACGGGGACAACGGUAGCCUCAACGCCUUCCGCUCGUUGGCGAAUUGUCGAGCACACCUUACCGUUGGGUGUGGAUUGGUCCUUUUGAAACCCGAAAAAGGCGUGACGACGUUACGUUUUUGCUUGGGGCUCACUCUACUUCGCGUAAAGCAACAGAGUUGGAGGUGGCAUGGUGGUUGUUGGCGCCCGUGUCCGAGGGGCAAUGGUCAACUCUGGGUGAAGGGCGUUAUAGAAGAGUGUGCGGCGUUUUUUGCUUGGCUUUGGCUGGGGGGGGUUCCAUUUGCUCGCUUCUGGGCCGUUGGCGAUACCUCUGUGAAGGCUGAAUGAAAGGCUGAAUGAAGACGUUGAAAGGAGGAGGUCGUGUGGGCGUCACUUGUGAACUUUGACUCUUACGGUUACUGGUAUGUUGUAAGGAUAUGAGUUGCUCUCCGAAUCUUGCCGGUUUACGCGCUGAUUGGCCUCGAGCAUUUCCAGACAGGUGGAGGGCGGGAGUAUUCGGGUUGGCCUUGUCGUCGAAGGUGUUGUCCGCACUUUGGUUACUGGUCCGCAUUUUGAUGCAGUGAAUCGCAACCUAUCUUUUGGUCGAAAGUGGGGGGGUUUGUUGGCCGCAACUGAUCUUCAGGCCCACCAAAUUGUGCCGGGAGUCGGUGUCCACGACCUCACCCUUGACCUUUCAGUAGUGCACCAUCUUCUUGGAAGAUGUAUUAAGUUGUUGUCCAAUGAUGCUGACGUGUCAUCACGAUGGGUCAGGGUAACCUCGCGAGCCUUGGACGCUAAGGGGUGUGGGUUCGAAUAUAUCCGGAGCGAU